CUCAACAGUCCAAAAAAGGAACUUUUUUCUGGCAUUGUUUAUCACCUCAAAGUUUCCCCAAUUUUUUGGCUUUUACUGGAAAUCCCAAAACCCAGCAAAGGCAAAACAAAUAGAGAGGAACUUCACCUUUGGUUUCCCUCAUUUUCUCAGGAAACAAAUAGAAAUGUCCUCCUUCAGUUGAGCUCUUCUUUUUUUUUUUUUCUUUCUAAAAAAAAAGGUACCCGUUUCUCGCCCUUCUAGUAAUUUUAAUCUAUCCCCCUUAUUCAAAAUGGUUUGAUACCCAACUAUUACUAAACCUGAGAAUUCCGAACUCCGAACAAUGGAGAAGCCAACAGAAAUUAUAGCUGAAAGGAGAGAAGCCCUGAUGGUAUCAUCUGAUAGAAACCCAAGGCCUACCCUAAGAACAGCCUACUUCCUGAAUCCUACUCAUGCUUCCAUUGAAGUAGCUGUUCCCAAAAACCCUUCGCUCUGCCUGUCCUCUUUGCCUGAGAAUAUUCCAGUAAAUGUGAUUUUCAACGGGUGGAAAGACCCAACAGCAAAUUGGAAAUCGUGGGUUUAUCAUAUGGAAGAUAAGUAUCGGUCUGUGUGGAAAAAGGCAGGAAUUUAUGAAGCAGUCAUGAGUUCUACUUGCAGGUUUAAAAGAGAUGAUGGUUUAAUCACUGGCCUUGCAGAGAAAUGGUGCCCUGAGACCAACACAUUUAUUUUUCCUUGGGCAGAAGCAACUAUAACACUAGAAGAUGUGAUGAUUUUGGGAGGUUACUCUGUUUUAGGUUCCCCUGCCUUUUUAAGUUCUCUUGAAAGCAGAGAACUUGAAGAGAUUCACUAUAAACUGAAAGAAGCUAGGACUGAGUUAGGGAGACGACCGGCUCGAAAGGCUUGCCAAAAUGGAUGGAUGAAGAUGUUUAUGAAUAGUGGCAGUGAAAUAGAACAUGAAGCAUUUCUUUCAUUGUGGUUGGAAAGGUACGUUUUCAAAGAUUCUGAGCAACUAAUUAAGACUCGUGUUUUUCCUAUUGCAAUCCAUUUAGCAAAAGGGGAGCUUGUCGCGCUUGGUCCUGCUGUUCUUGCUAGUAUAUAUAGAGACUUGGGUUUGUUGAAAGCAACGAUUCUUGCUGCUACAGAGUUUGGUGAUGCAUUAGGAGUUACUCUUUGGUCACCAUUUCAUUUGGUUCAACUUUGGGCAUGGGAGAGAUUUGCAGAAUUCCAGCCAAAGCCUAAUGUCAGUGGAAAUGGUAAACCAAGAUCAGCUCUAUGGGACGAAGUUAAUGGUACGAAAGUUGUGAACUUUAGGCUUGCAUUGGACUCAGCAGCAGAAGCUUUUUGCUGGAGGCCUUAUGCCACAGGACCACACAAAUCUCAUUUCCUCAAGUUUUGCAAAGAGAAAGAAGAAUGGCAAGAUCUAGGAUCUAAUCAAGAUUUAUUGUCAUUUGCUAUAUGCUUGAGAGUGUCUGAGCUAGUUGGUCUAGAUUGUAUUGAACAAUACCUUCCUCAUCGAGUGGCGAGGCAAUUUGGAUUCGAUCAGGAUAUUCCUUGUGACAUUGCUCGAUUAAAUGAAAUACCAGAAGUUUCUUGGAUUAAUUACAUUAGGCCAUUUAAUGAUACCAAAUUGUUUUUCCCAUCUCAAUUUUUUGAGCCUGAUGUUACUGUCCAGUAUUUGGAGUGGUGGAAGCAAUCAGUAUUGGGUUCAAAUGACCUGCUCAAGGAUGCUAUCAAUACUACUGUGCGAAGAAAAAGAAAUCUAAGGAAAAGAUCAGAAAGGGUGCCAUGGGCUUCGGUAAGAAACAAUGAAGAUGAUAAUGCAGAUGUUCUCUCUAGUCCUCCUGCUAAAUAUCACAUGCCAAACAUAGAGGAGUUUGAGGAUAGUAAACCAACAAUAGGGAAGCAAUCAUGUAGCAUUGAAAAGACUGUUGCUUAUAAACCAUCCGUUCAAAAGGGUCUUUCAAAUGCAGAAGCUAAACAGGCUGCAAUAGGUGAAUCUGCAGGAGCUUUGGAAGAUGCAAUUGACUGUAAACCUGUAGUUCCAAAUUGCAGAAAAAGUGGAGGAGAAACUGGUGCUCAUACAUUUGAGGUACCAGGAUUGGCACUUGAGUCUCGCAUUGCCAAGCUUGAGAGAGCUAUUGCUGAGCUAAAAGCUUCAAGAAUUGGCUGCAGGUUUGGGAGAAACUGAUCCUAAGAAUGCAGUGGAUUUUGUUUCUUUUGUUUUUUUACUUCAUUAAGUGCAUAACAUAUCUAGCAGUGGUUGCAACAGAAUCCUAGAGAUUAUAGAAACCUUGAAAGGCCAGAAAGAAAUUAGAGUGCAUUUGCAUAGUUUAUUUGAUUCUUAUUAGAAAGAAAUUGAGUUUAGUUUAACAGAUAUAUGGGUUUCUUUCUCAAGGAAAAUCGACGCAGAGAUUAUUUCUCAACUAAAAGUUUGAUAUAAAUUUCCAUUUCAAGAUUAAGAUACCUAUUGUUAAGAGUAUACUUCCAAGCUGGUGAUUCUUUGCUGCAGAAUCCAACUUGUCAAAUAGGAACAAUUUUGGUCUAAUGAUGGUUAAGCCACCAUGGCUUGUAAAAAUGCGCAUAUGCUUUGGUAAAAAUGUUAUUAUGCAAAAUUAUCUUUGUGGUAGUUUGUAUCUAAUGAUAAGUCUAAUUUGUUA